UUUAUGGUCCCGCAGAGACUCGCACUGCUGAUCCGUACAGGGACUGAGUGCAGAGAAACAAAGUCUGUGAGAAACCUGAAGUUUAGAGCCUGUGGAUAUGUACAAACUGAUCUGAGGCUGACUCCAUUUACGGUUGAUGUUUGGAGUGGCAGAAUGGCCGGAGACAUGAACACAUUUUAUUCAAUGGAGCCGGUGGAGCCGGAGAGCGGGACCGAAGUCGGAGGGUCCUUCAGGUCUGUGUCGGAGGGGAAGAGGGACGUGUGGAGGGGAGAGGAGCCGUCAGAGCCCUCCUGCUGCCUCAGUGUCAGCAAGGUCUCCUACACUGUCAGUGAGCGUUUGGGUCCAUGGUGGGACUUGCCCUCCUACAGGAAGCGAUGGACUCGUCAGAUCCUCAAUGACGUCUCCUUUCACGUAGAGAGCGGGCAGAUCAUGGGCAUUCUGGGAAAUUCAGGCUCAGGAAAGACCACACUGCUGGAUGCGGUCUCAGGGAGGAUUGGAAACUGUGGCACGCUGACGGGGGAGGUCUUCGUUAACGGCAUGAACCUGAAGAGAGAGGAGUUUCAGGACUGCUUCUCCUAUGUGCUGCAGAGUGAUAACUUGUUGAGUUAUCUGACAGUGGAGGAGACUCUGACCUACACCGCUCAGCUGGCCCUGCGGAAACUCUCGUCUGCAGCCACCAAGAAGAAGGUUUCGGCGGUGAUGGCCGAGCUGAGUCUGAGUCACGUGUCCCACAGUGUCAUCGGAGGUCGGGUUUUCCCAGGGAUCUCUGGGGGCGAGAGGAGGAGGGUCUCCAUCGCCAGCCAGCUUCUUCAGGACCCCAGGGUGAUCCUAUUGGAUGAGCCGACCACCGGCCUGGACAGCAUGACGGCCAAUCAGAUCGUGGAGCUGCUGGCCGAGCUUGCCAGGAGGAACCGUAUCGUCAUAGUAACCAUCCACCAACCACGCUCCGAGCUCUUCAGGGUGUUCAGCAGGAUAGCUAUAAUGAGUCGGGGGGAGCUGGUGUUCUGUGGGCAGCCAGAGGAGAUGGUGGACUUCUUCAGCCAGUGUGGAUAUGAGUGUCCAGAGUACUGCAACCCUUUUGACAUCUAUGUUGACUUCACCUCAGUGGACACACGCAGCAGUGAGAGGGAAGCAGCCACUUUCAGUCGCAUGCAUGAGAUCACCUCGUCCUAUCAGAGGUCUCCCAUCUACCAGUGCAUGCUGGGAAAACUGGAGCAGAGCCUGCAACGGGUGCACAAGCCAGCCAUCCCCUACAAGAGCAAAGUCCCCAGCGGUGCAGCCAAACUGGCAGUUCUGUUCAGGCGGACACUAAGAAACCUGUCCAGAGACAGGAUGGGGGUCCUGAUGCGUCUGUCCCAGAACCUGAUCUACGGUCUCUUCGUGGCCUUCUUCGUGAUGCAUCUAGACAUGGACGUCAGUAAGGGAGCAGUGCAGGACCGCAUCGGCAUCAUCUAUCAGAGCAUUGGAGCUUCACCUUACACCGGCAUGCUGAAUGCUGUAGCUCUCUUCCCCGCGUUGGUUGUGCGAGCCAUCAGUGAUCAGGAGAGUCAGGAUGGUCUGUACAGUAAAUGGCAAAUGUUCUUGGCGUACAUCUUCCACAUCUUGCCCUUCAGCAUUCUGAGUGUUUUCAUCUUCACCUCCUUCCUUUACUGGACGGUGGGGAUGCACCCUGACACCUUGCGGUUCCUGUGUUAUUCUGCUGUAGUCCUGGUGCCACAUAUUAUAGGUGAGCUUUUGACUGUGGUUGCUAUUGAGUUGGUCCAAAACCCUAACAUGGUCAACUCUGGAGUGGCUCUGCUCAAUAUUGCAGGGAUCAUGGUGGGAUCUGGCUUCCUAAGGAGCACCCUCCAGAUGCCGGUGGUCUUCCAGUGGCUCAGCUACCUGACCUUCCAGAAGUACAGCUGUGAGCUGCUCAUAGUCACUGAGUUCUACGGACUCGACUUCACAUGCAAUGCUUCCAAACCGUUGCUGCCUGGCGCCUGUAUGAUCACUCAGGGCAGUCAGAUCAUUGAUGAGGGCUACCCUGGCGCUCUGUCCAGAUACACACUAGACUUUGUUCUCCUCUACUCCUUCCUCCCCGCUCUCCUGCUGCUGGGCGUCAUCAGCUUCAAGAUCAGAGACAAGCUCAUCCGUCAUUAAAACCACAGACAAACUUUUGAGGGAGAAUCUUCGGUAGAAACAUGAAGAUAAACUGAGUUUGCUUUGAAGAUGUAAAACAGAUUAAGAAAAAGAUUUACAUUAUGAUGUAGUCCAAACAGAUGAGGAGUACUGAAGUGGGUCACCUGUGUUUGCUUCCGUUUCAGCAAUCAAGGCAUGUUCCUUUGUUUUAUAGAAUAUAAUUUAAAUAUGUCAGAGCAGUGAUGCAAGUACAAAGAACUUAUCCCAUCAAAAUCCCAUUGCAGUGUGCACAGUACAACAGGACGUAUCUGUGUAACCUGGGAUGCAGCUAUUGACAUUAAAAGUGGGGUAUGUCAUUUUGGAGAAACCAGCUCGAGUGCGCUAGAAUUUCAAAGUACACAACCGGAAAAAAUCUGCCACUUCCUUCAGACUUCCUUACAGAGCCCCUCCUCCAACACACACGAACGCGCAAAUGACCAAUGAGGGCACGAGAUAAGUCUGUGUACGAGAUGGAAGGCUGACAGGCAGGUAGGCCAUCCAGUUACUUCAGCCGGGCCGGCUCAGAUGAUUGGUCGUGCUUUUUACAGCGCCACGGCUUCCACAGAUGACAUUUUUUAAUGUAUUUAUUGUCAAAGCGUUUAAUAUAUUCAUUGCUAUCGGGAUGUUAAGAGCAUUCCAUGGAAUAUAAGAAGUGUUUCUGAAAUAAAUGACAUACCCCACCUUUAAGCCAAUUGAUACGACUUCAUGCUAAAUAACUGAGAGGUCCCUGUAAUAAAUAUAACUAUUAAUCCAUGCUGCUUUAACUCUGAUUGGGCUCAAACAACAACUGAGACAGACCGACCGAUUCAACCUAAGCUUGUUUACAGUUUAAAUAACAAUAUCUGCAAAUAUUUAAAAAUCAUUAUUUUUAUAUAAAAGUUACAGAAUAGAGAUUUAUUUAACUACAAAUCACCAGUUUGAUUCAUGUUCUAAGCACUAUAUUGAAUAUUGAGUGCAUUACUUUUUUAAUAUUGUGAUUGUAAUGUAUAAUGAAUAAGAAGUGACAUUUAUAUUUUUUGAACAUAUU